CCUGCUGUGUGGAGAGAAACCCUUCAAACCUCCUGACUGAGGCCGCCGGUGCUCCGUGCAGACACCGCAGCAGCAGCCGACCGACAGCGAGCUUUGUUCCGGUACAAGCUGAUGAAGUAUCGUACUUGCAGCAGCAGCAGCUCUUGGAACGAACGCACUCUGCUCGUGCCUUCUCGUGGUUUUGUCGCGCGGGGCUCUGGCCCGGUGUCCGACCCGACACGAGCUGCCGAGGAACGUGAGAGAAAUGUGUCACCGGCGUGCGGAGGAGGCGACAGACAGCAGCUUUAAUAAACACGAUAAACCAUCAUGAUUCCUAUCACAGAGCUCCGGUACUUUGCUGACACCCAGCCAGCGUACCGUAUCCUGAAGCCAUGGUGGGACGUAUUCACCGACUACAUCUCGAUCGUCAUGCUGAUGAUCGCAGUGUUUGGCGGCACACUGCAGGUCACGCAGGACAAGAUGAUCUGCCUGCCUUGUAAGUGGGUGAUCAACAGGUCGUGCGAGACCAUGCCCGUCCCGAACGUGACUGUCCCCUUUGCACCGGAACCCAAAGGCAUUCAGUAUGACCUCGACCGUCAUCAGUAUAAUUAUGUCGACGCUGUUUGCUACGAAAACAAACUACACUGGUUUGCCAAAUAUUUCCCCUAUCUGGUGCUACUCCACACUCUUAUCUUUCUGGCCUGCAGCAACUUCUGGUUCAAGUUCCCACGCACAAGCUCCAAACUGGAACACUUUGUCUCCAUCCUCCUCAAAUGUUUUGAUUCCCCAUGGACAACAAGGGCUCUGUCCGAGACCGUGGUCGAGGAGAGCGACUCCAAACCUUUGGGGAAAAUGAACGGUUCAAUGGACAAGAAGGCCUCUUGUGUGAGCGAGGAUGUUGAGGCGAGUGUGCCCAUGCUCCAAAGAACAAAGUCCAGAAUUGAACAAGGAAUUGUAGAUCGCUCUGAAACUGGGGUUUUAGAUAAAAAGGAAGGGGAGCAGGCCAAGGCUCUUUUUGAGAAGGUGAAGAAGUUCAGGAUUCAUGUGGAGGAGGGUGAUAUAGUGUACCGUCUCUACAUCCGUCAGACCAUCAUCAAAGUAAUCAAGUUUAUACUGAUCAUUAGCUAUACAGGGUACUAUGUAAGCUACAUCAGGUUCAGUGUAGUGUGUGCGGUGGAGAUUCAGAAUCUGACAGGAUACAGCACGUUCUAUUGCGCUCACCCGUUAGCAACUCUUUUCAAGAUUCUGGCCUGUUUCUACAUCAGCUUGGUGGUGGUUUAUGGUCUUAUCUGCAUGUACACUCUUUGUUGGAUGCUCAGCCGCUCACUCAAACGAUACUCCUUUGAGUCAAUCCGCGAGGAGAGCAGCUACAGCGACAUCCCUGAUUUAAAGAACGACUUUGCCUUCAUGCUGCACAUGAUAGAUCAGUAUGACCCUCUCUACUCCAAGCGCUUUGCUGUGUUUCUGUCAGAGGUGAGCGAGAACAAGCUGAGGCAGCUGAAUCUCAACAACGAGUGGACGUUGGAGAAGCUGAGGCAGCGCAUCACCAAGAACUCGCAGGAUAAGCUGGAGCUGCAUCUGUUCAUGCUCAGCGGAAUCCCAGACACAGUGUUUGAUCUGCUAGAGCUGGAAGUGCUCAAGCUGGAGCUUAUUCCUGAUGUCACAAUCCCUCCGAUCAUCGCUCAGCUUUCAAACCUGAGGGAAAUGUGGCUCUACCACACACCAGCUAAAAUUGAGGCUCCAGCUCUGGCUUUCCUGAGGGAGAACCUGAAGUCGCUCCACAUUAAGUUCACAGACAUAAAAGAGAUCCCACUGUGGAUCUACAGCCUGAAGAACCUCAGUGAGCUCCACCUCACUGGGAACCUGAGUGCGGAGAACAAUCGCUUCAUCGUCAUCGACGGGCUCCGAGAGCUCAAAAGGCUCAAAGUGCUGCGUCUGAAAAGCAACCUGACCAAGCUGCCGCAGGUGGUGACAGACGUGGGCGUGCACCUCCAGAAGCUUUCUAUCAAUAACGAGGGCACUAAACUGAUGGUGCUCAACAGCCUGAAGAAGAUGGUCAAUCUGACGGAGCUCGAGCUUGUUCGCUGCGAUCUCGAACGCAUCCCACACUCCAUCUUUAGUUUGCACAACCUGCAGGAGAUCGACCUGAAGGACAACAACCUGAAGACGAUCGAGGAGAUCAUCAGCUUCCAGCACCUGCACCGGCUUGUGUGCCUGAAGCUGUGGUACAACCAGAUCGCUUACAUCCCCAUUCAGAUCGGCACGCUUACCAACAUGGAGCGGCUAUAUCUGAACAGGAACAAGAUCGAGAAAAUCCCCAGCCAGCUUUUCUUCUGUCGCAAACUGCGCUUCUUAGACCUGAGUCACAACAAUCUGACCAACAUCCACGCUGACAUAGGCUUCCUCCAGAACCUGCAGUAUUUCGCUGUGACGGCAAACAGGAUUGAGACUUUGCCCCCAGAGCUGUUCCAGUGUAAGAAGCUGCGCACUCUGAAUCUGGGUAACAACUGCCUGCAGACGCUACCAUCGCGCUUCGGGGAGCUCACCGGGCUGACCCAGCUGGAGCUGAGAGGGAACCGUCUGGAGUGUCUCCCGGUGGAGCUGGGCGAGUGUCGGCUGUUGAAGAGGAGCAGCCUGGUGGUGGAGGAGGACCUGUUCAACACGCUGCCAACAGAAGUGAAAGAGCAGCUUUGGAGGGCCGAUAAGGAGCAAGCUUGAGCCAAACUUCUGCAGAGAGCUGCAGAGGAAAGAAGAAGUUUGAUUUUUAGAAACAAAUAAGCAUUGAUUUUGUUCAUAAAGGUAGGCGUUGGUCAUGCGGGCCCAGAAAAGUAAUGGUUUGGUUGUUUGGUUGGUGCUUGGGGUUUCCCUGUCAGGACCUGUAAAAGCACCAAAGUCAAAUUUCAUAUCCUCCGAGGAUGUCUUUUUGGGAAAUCUCUUGUUUCAUGAUCAUCAAGGAAAAAUGUCAAGCUCGGUGAUGAAAGAUGGUUUAUUAAUGUGGCUUUUUCUGUGUUUCAUCCUGAAUGUGAAGUUGCCAGGAUGCAAGCAGGGUGAUGUUGAAUAUGCAUGCCACAGUAGGAUCUUUGCUACGGCAAACCUGUUUAUUAGAGAGAGCCAAAAAAAACAAAACAAAAAACAGUUUGCACGAUUCAGCAUUUUCGGUGAGCUCAAUGUACUCGCUAUCACUCCAUAGCUGACCAUGAGAUAAAUGCACAAAUUGAACGUGCUCAAAGCAGUUUUUGCCUGACCUCCCUCUGGCCUUGAGACUCAAAAUUUUACUUUUGAAAUUUUUACACUUACAUUUGCAGUUGCGGCGCAGCGUGGCUCCAGAUACUGGCAGAUGUUAGGAAACACAUUGUGGUGCAACUGGCAGCCAAUUUGUCGAGGCAUGAAGGUUCGGCUCGUUUUAUUUCCUUCAGGCUGCGUAUGCUCAACAUGCUUGGAGGCGUCUUUCUAUGUGAUCAAAACGACUCUGUGAUGAAGAUCAGCAGAUGAUCCCACAGAUGAACUCACAGCUUUGGCCUUAACUCAGUAGACUGAUGAUGAAACUACAUCAAAGAAAAGCUGUCCAACAUUCAGCGGAAAUAAAUGGGAACAAACUCUUAAGUACGUCUAAAUACCCUACAGUCAUUAAUUUAUAAUGUCGGCUUGUGUGGAUUGCUUUUUGUCAGCUGUAGUGGAGAAAUGCACCGUUCAUCAUGGACUCUUUACGUUCUUUCACUAAACAUCAUGUGUUAUUUAAGCACGUGAAGUGGGCUUUACUUUUAUUUUGCAUGAUUUAACAUCACACACAUUACUAAUGUGUCUUAUUUAGAUAUGUAAGAUCAGUAGGAUUGGGCCUGUAGAAACCAGGUCAAGAAUUUAUCUCACUCCAAGAUACAUAAUUUGGCACUUAUUAAUCCUACAUGCACACACCAGUAACAUGUACAUGUUCAUGUAUCAUGAGCCUGUGAAACAGGCUGUAUUCUGAUCAGUUCAACAUUCAGAGAGUAUGUGAUUUAUAAGUCAGUGAGUGACUGAGUGUCACACAGUCUGUACAGCCAUUAAUUUGUCAUUUUGUGCAAGAAUUUAUUAAGUUUCUCAUGUCUUAUUUCAGAUGGACAUACAGUGCAUUCAGACCCCUUCACUCUUUUCAUAUUUUAUGUUGCAGCUUUAAGCUAAUAUUGUUAAAAAAAAAAUUCCCUCAUCAAUCUACAGUCAGUACCCCAUAAUGACAAAGUGAAAACAGAAUUUUAGAAAUGUUUACAAAUUUAUUAAAAAGGAAAAAAGGAAUUGUCACAUUGACAUACGGUAAGUAUUCAGACUCUCUGCUAUGGUUAAUCCUAAAUGGACUGCACUUACAUAGCGCCUCUCUAGUCUUCCAACCACUCUUAAGCAUUUUUUACACUACAAGCCACAUUCACACACUGAUGGCUAGGGCUGCCAACCUGCCUAUCAGGAUCUAAUCAUUCAUACACUGAUGGCGCAGGUGUGUGAAUGUGUGUGCUUGUGAGCAAUUAAGGGUACACUAUCUUUGCCAAGGACACUUUAAAAUGUGGACUGCAGGAGCCAGAAAUGGAACUGCCAAUCUUCUGAUUAGUGGACGAUCCGCUCCACCACCUGAGCCACAGGCGUCCCAGUCUGGCUUCUGUUUGGCAGGGAGGAUUCUCAGACUGUGAGAUACAAGAUUCUCUGGUCUGAUGAAACUAAGGUUGAACUAUUUGGCUUCAAUUCUAAACGUUAUGUCUGGAAGAAACCAGGCACCACUCAUCACCUGCUCAAUACCCUCCCAACGGAGAAGCAUGGUGGUGGCAGCAUCAUGCUGGUGGAGGUCUUUUUCAGUGGCAGGGACUGGAAGAUUGGCCAAGGUUGAGGAGAAGCUAAAUGGAACAAAGUACGGAGCUAUCCUUAAUGAAAACCUGGUCCAGAGCACUCAAGACUUCCAACUGGGCUCAAUGGCCCUAAGCACACAGCCAGGAUAACACAGGAGUGACUUAGGAACAAUUUUGAAUGUCUUUGAGUGGCCAGCCAGAACCCUGACCCUAACCUUAACCCAAUUGAACAUCUUUGUAGAGAACUGAAAAUGGCAGGCCUACCUAAUGGAGAAAAAUAGCAGAAAAUCCCCAAAUCCAGAUGUGCAAAGUUCGUUGCAUCCUACUCAAGAAGAGUUGAGUCUGUAAUGGCUGCUAAAGGUGCUCCAACUAAGUACUGAAAAAAAGGAUCUAAAUAUUUAUGUCAAUGUGAUAUUUAGUUUUUCCUUAUUAAUAUAUUUGGGAAGUUAAAAUCCUUUUUUCACUUUCUCAUUGUGCGAUAUUGAGUGUAAAUUGAUGAGGGGGGAAAUGAAUUUAAAUGGUUUUGGCACGCAGCUGCAACAUAAUAAAAUGUGAAAAAAGUGAAAGGGUCUGAAUGUGCUGUAUAUCUGUAGUCAAAGGUGACCUUUGUUCAAAUGGAGGCUAAUAUACAUUGCUUCACUGAUUCAGUCACAAUUACACAAUGUGUCCCCUGCUGACGUGAAGUUUGCUUACCCUGUAUUAAAGUUACAGAGUCAUAAAUGUUCAGAAAACUCCCGCCACAGUUGAUUUCUCUUUCAUUAUUAAAGUGAAAGAUAUGCACAAUGCUAAUCUUACCACUGGUAGAUGAUAAAGUGAUGAUAGUCUAUAAAACAAGCAAGAAACAAGGUACUUUUUAUCCUGAUUUUGAAUUAUGAGACGUUUUAUGAUUAUUACUUGUAUGGCACCUCCAAGUGGAUGAACUCUUGCACAUGUGACAGGAGAGUUUUAUCUUGGUGACUCAAGUUUUCAGCUGUUUGUAUGCUUGGCCUUUUAUUUAUCAUGCUCUGUUUACUCAAGGGAUACUGGACAUUUGUCCGCUCCGUGUUUAUCCACGAGAGCAAAACGAGGAAAAACAGGAAAUUACAGAGUAAAGGAAACUGGUUCUACACAAGGGAAACAUUUAUUUGCAGAAAGGGUAUGCAGAAUAUGUGAUUUCCACAUCCAUGGUCCAAAUUAGUGCAACAUGCUUUGUCUGCUUGAAACACUUUUCUUAUUAGUACCUUGGAUUUAUUAGCAUCAUUUAGAGUAAACCUGCUAUGUUUACUCCAGCCAGGCAUCCAUUGUUGCUAAUAUGGCCUUACCUUUUACAAGCUGUAUUCCCCUUUUAAUGAUCACAAAACAUCACAUUCACAACUUGUUUUUCUGUGUUGUAAAAAUGUAUAGCAGAGAUGUUUAACGUCUUUGUUUCAUGCAUAUCAGUCGUACGGUAUGUGGUCUUAUUGUUACCAGCUGCUUUUCUUUUUGAUUUUCAGCUUUUUUUGUGUCACUUUUGCGAUACAAUCGCACCUUUUGUUCACAGUGAAGGUUUUUUUUUUCAAUGAGGCCUUGGCUAAACCCAAAUGCCCCUCUAGGGGUCACUAGUAAAGUGCUCGAACACAGUCUUAAAAACAGUCCUGUUCUGAAAGAAGAGCCUCGGUCUUGAAUGUGUCGACAAGCAACCGCUUUUAAAGUUAGAUGCAAAGGUCACAGACAGAGACGGGAUAAAAAAAGGGAACAGAUGACAUCAUAGAAAGGAAAAGCUGAAAUGCACAACAAAUCUCAACUUGUAUACAGUUUCUAAACACAGAAGUAAUUUUCAGGGGUGAAAUGUGGUAUAUCUUCCCUGGUUUGAACUAAAUAGUGCCAUGUUGACCUGUUGGAUGCCAAAUAUUAAACACAAACAGGCAAAAAGAUUCAGCUUUUAGCACAUUAGACUGCAAAGGAUAUAUACCCUUUAAAGUGCAGUAGCUGGCCAUAUGUUUAGGGACAAUGUGUAGGACAACUUUUACGUCACUCCAAUGUAAAUUUGAUACAGUAACACAGGUCAUUGUGGUGGUGCAGUGCAGUAGCCAGGGCUGCUGACACAAAACAUAAUCUCCUACCUGCAGGACACCACUGAGGACCUUCAAAUAUUGCUUUAGUACUAAUUGUGUUAAGUGUGUUUUAGCCUUAAAUUGGCAGUCAUGUAAUUUGAGGUUGGAUAGUCACAGCUGAAUGUGUAUUUUUGAUUCUUAAGGGGAAGUUUUGACAUUUAUCUUUAUUUUAACCCUAAAGUUGUAAAGAACAUAACUCUUAAAGUUCAAGAGUGACAAAGAAAUCUGUCUCAGGGUGUCACUGGGAACUCAUCUUAUCGCAAUAUUUGCUAAAAUUGCUACAUACAUAUUGAUAUAUUCAUAUAUCAGACUUUACUCUAUUUCAGCUUUAUCAUGCUCAGUCCACGUCCGAAUCAGAGAACUGUAGCCACUUAAAUGUUCCCCAUUUCGUCCUACUAACAUUUGGAUUUCCAUCCACAAAUAUUUUGGCCUCAAUCGUGUGUCUGACCUUCAGAGCUUUGACCGCAGUCCUUCACAGUCACUUCCCUCUGAGUCACAAGAUGAGCACAUUUAACCUGCGAGGCCCACUCCCUUUUCCUGCCUGUCAGCGUCAGUGAAUCAGAUGAAGGUCUGAGAUGAGGUCAGUCAGAUGUUAGCGGGGGAGCGAAAAGGAGGAAGUGACUAAUCGGAUGCCCCUUGGUUACAUGAAAACUCUGAGCUAGCACUUUAAUAAGUAUCAUUUCAGAAGCAGCCUCUUCUGGACAUGUAAAUGAACCUCAAUCAUUGCAUUUAAAAGCUUUUUUUGUUGUUUUGUUUUUUUAAUUCUGUGCUAAUGCGCCAAAAGUUUUGUGUUCUCUCAUGAAUGUUAAAGGAUAGGGUCACAACUUUUUAAAAUAUGUCUUAAAACGAGUCAGGAGCCCAAAUUAACAUAGACACGUCUUUCUUGCUGUAAUAAUUCCUCUUAUUCAUACCGGCCAUUAAGAGGUCUCUUUUAAAUGUGAUCAAAAUUAGGCUUGUGUAUUUUGUCCCCCAUCACUGUGUUAAGCACAUUUGGAGGGGAUCUAAUGGUCAGUAUGAACAGGAGGAAUGAUUACAGCAAGAAAAACCUGCUUCAAUGUUCAUUUUGGCAGUUAACUGUUUUAAGACAAUUAAAAAUCAUGAACAUGUCCUUUUUAAAGUGCAAAAUAUCAACAAAUGUCUUCUGUUUUUAUGUUAUGUAUGCCUUAGGUAAUGUAGUUUGUGUGAAGCAACAUGGUUCAUCAGUUUACUCUCACACAUUAACUUGCUUAGAUCCACAGAGGUUUUGUGUUUUUUUGUUUUUUUACAGCAGACACCGGGUUGCUGAUUACUUUGGACGCAGCUUUUUGAAACAGGACUCUUGACAAUCUAACAUACUGUAAAUGGAGGCGAGCUCGCCCCUCCAAUGUGGGCAUUGUGUGUAAUAGUACACAUCAAGCUGUUAAUAUCUGUAAUAUUUCUGAAGAUUGUACAUUUCUGAAUAGCCACAUACCGUUUCACUCGGGCACUAACUCUUGAAAAUCGCAUUAUUCUUAAACUGCCAUGAUUGCAUUACGUUGGCAUCUAAUCUAUGUGUGUAUAAAACUUUUUUUUUUUCUUUUUGGAAAUACAUGAUUGUAUUAAUUAUGUACAGCAAAUUCAGAUCUAUCUCUGUAUUGUGAUGCCUGUAGAUCAGGGAUAUAUGGAAACAGCUUGUUGGUUUUCGUUCUCCGGGUUUCACAUCUGUCUCAUCUCGCAGCAUAGGUUUGUUAAACGCUGAACGUCGGUGCAGUAUAGCCAUAUCUAAAGCCGUCCAUCUUAACCCCCCAAGCAGCAAUCAUUGUGGAAUAUAAAUUUUAAAAAAUGAAAAACUGUAAGCUGGAUGGACAGACUUGUUUUAAUCAGCACUGUCUGUAUCACAUGUGACAAGGCCUUUAUUAAUUGUUGCCAAGUGGACUGAACACUGGCUUUUUAAGCGGGACGUCUGUAACAAUGGACAACUGAACUUUGAUUUCCUAAUGUUCAGACCCUACUUUUUGUACCAUUCUGACACAUGAUAAUAAAAUAAACACUUAACACUGAGUCCUGUUGCAAAGUUGAUUCCUCGUAUGGCGGAUUCAGUAAACAUUCCUGUGGUUGUCACUCUGUUACAUUCUUUAAUUACUGAAGAAAGAAGGUCUAAUAGACUUUUUGUCACUGCUGACAA